AUGUUUACUUUGAUUAAUCAAUUGUUAAAUAUGAAAUUCUUAAUAGCAUUGAUGUGUGGAUUGGUUUGUAUUGUGAGCGCAGACUAUCCUAUCGAAGACUAUAAAGCGGUCGCAAAGUCCCGGGACUUUACGGGGAAAGUGGUUUUAGUGACCGGUUCCUCGUCGGGCAUCGGAGAGGGAAUCGUUAAACUGUUCUCAAUAUUAGGGGCUAAUGUUGUGGUCACCGGAAGGAAAGCACAGGACGUUCAACGAGUGGCCAAAGAGGUCCAGGUGUUGUCGCCACUAAAGUUGAAGCCAUUAGAAGUUGUGGGAGAUUUGACCAAAACCUCUGAUUUAAACAAUUUAGUCGAUUCUACGGUUAAAACAUUUGGCAAAAUUGAUGUAUUGGUCAAUAACGCCGGUAUCCUUAUUGACACAAACAUCACACAACCGGAUCUGUUGUCAGUUUGGGAUCAGUUAUUUGCCAUCGAUUUACGCUCUAUCGUAGAGAUUACUCACCGAUCGGUUCCACAUCUGGAGAAGACUAACGGAACUAUUAUUGAUAUCUCAAGUAUCCUCGCAAUGGCACCGACCAAAAACAAUCUUGCCUUUUCAUCGGCCAAAGCGGGUCUGGAUAUGUUGACCAAAAUAUUAGCCCUGGAAUUGGGGCCCAAAGGUAUUCGCGUCAAUACUAUUACUCCGGGUGUUAUACAAAACAGAGACACUCUGACACCUCUUGAAAAGCUUGCGAUUAAAUACAUACCAUUGGGAAGAGUGGGUCAACCCCUAGACAUCGCCCGUGCGGUCGCAUUCCUGGCCUCCACUGACGCCCACUUUAUUACCGGCGCUAAUGUUGUGGUCGACGGGGGCGUUGUAUACAAUUUGGGUGUUGUUAAUACAAUGUAAAUUGUAUCAAACAA